AUGACAAGCAUCCCCGUCUUCAACACCUUGAGCAACCUGGGUUCCAGUAAGACCAGGGAACGAAAUGCCGCCCUGGAUGAACUGACGUCGGUCCUGAAACAAUCCCCUGAUCUGAUACCAACGAAAACACUGGCUUCCACUUGCGAGACUCUAAUUGAGCUGCUUGAUUCCGAAUGCCGGAAGUACUGUCUCUUGGUUGCAUCGGAUGAUGCUAACGCUUCGAAACUGUCGUUAACUGAGAAUCGACUGUCAUUGGUGGCUUACGUUCUGAGACUUUUCAUUGAGAAGACUUGCGGAAGAUUUAAGGUUAAGACAAUGAAGCUGUUAUUGACCGUUCUACCAGAGCUUAUGGUAGCGGAGGGUUCCAACACUUUGAUAGAACCUAUUUCGGUUCAUUUAACCUUCGCUUUGCAUGCUCUGAUAAAGAGCAAAUUAUUUCAAUUAAAGAUGGUAUUGCAUCAGUGGAUUUCGUUGGUAAACGUUGUCUGUUCAUAUCUUGAUCAAAGAUUAGAAGUAUCACUGACGGAUAGAAAUAUUUCCAACCUGAUCUCGAUUUUGAACAGUUUGCUGAGUGUAGAUUGUGUUGGCUUAACUCAGGUACGAGAAGCCAUAUACCGGACUUUGAUGAAAUAUCUGCGACGAAAUGAGAAAGUAAACUCAAACACAAGAUUGGUUCUUUCUAUUAUUAAUGAUCUCAUCAUAAAGACGCAUUGCUUGAAUAUCCUCGACGCAUUGCGUCUCGUGAAAGAAACUUGGAAACAUGUCAUUGCGAUAAAUGUAUCCACUAAUGAAGAUAUCCAGGAUGAGCUAUGCUACUUGGAUAUCCUCGCUAGCGAACUUAUCGUUCACAAUAUACCUACAAUGAUCGGUAGUGAAGGAGCGGCAGCUGAAUGCAGUGGUAAUUCGCUUCAUGGCAUCUGCCGAGAAUAUCUUCUUACAAGACUUACAGGAUGCAAAGCCUCUUGGUUUUCAACUGACAGCUUAGAAUUCUCUAAUGAUUAUGGCACGGAAGAAUCUUUCCUGGAGCUAGGAGACUUUCGGCUUAAAGAAGGAGCAGACGCUAAACCUGGGCUAAGCAUUCUGAGCAUCACAAGGCUUUCAAUAUCCUACUUUAAACUUUUACAAAGAGAGACUUUUGGUGAGGGCCUUUUCAAGAGGCACAAAUGCGAACCUAGCCUCUCAUCAAUUUUACGCAAUUCUCAGAGCAUGCUAUCCUUUCUCCUCAACGGUCUUCAGGCAUCUGAUGCAGAUAUUCAGCUAGUAUGUCUACAAAUGGCGGCUUUUACAGCAGCUUUACAAGAUCUGGACGCUAAUGACAUCUUAGAUCUCAAGAGCGCCAUCGAGCAAAAAUUCGAAAACGUCAAUCUCAUCAAAUGGGCGUGUGUGGCCCUAACUCCUCUUUUCACUCAAUCCAACCUUGCGCAGAUCGAGAUCGAAAAUAGCUUGAAUAGAAUACUCAAGCUCUGCCUUCCGCUUAUCAAGCAGCCCGAACUGUGUUCCGUGGCUUGUACUCUUCUUUCAUGUGUCAUGAAGCAUUCAAGCUUUAUUGUGCCCGAUAAAGCAACUUUGAGCCAAAUAUCAAGUGUCUACGAGCUUUCCGAUGUCAAUGGCCCAGGACUCCUUUGCAAUGAGGCUUUUCAAUUUUGGCAGUAUUUGCAAAAUUAUGGAAAACACAUCGACUCAUUCUCACUAGAGUUUAUUUCUCGCAAAAUUGUCACCUGGGUGGAGACCAAGUGGCAGCAUAUUAUUUUACUCCAGUCGAACCAGCAUCUUUUCUAUGAGUUUAUUGCAUGGUUGUGCAAUCGGAAGCCAACUGGACCACGGGAUUGUGUUACCAAAUCCUCUUCAACCCUUUAUCACCAGAAUAUGUGGCAGAACAGAUACACAAUAUGGACAAGCCAGAUGGAAGAGCGCUUUUUUAUGCUUCAAAUAGAACCAGAACGGAAGACUUUCAAACUUUGUUCACCACAAACACACUUUAAUAGCAUUACCACGGAAAAAGUCAACCUGAAUGAAAUAUUGUAUCGUUUACUUGAAUUAAUAGAAGGAGAGAACGGCCUUACAUCAAUUGCAAAGUUUAACUGGAUUUGUCAAGUGUCCAGUCUUGUGGAGUAUCUUUCUGGAGAUUUGCGCUAUGCGAACUACGUCCUGGAUUUCAAAAAAGGCUCCUCCACAGUAUUGAACAGCAUCAAAUUACAGGAUAAGGAGGCAUUUGCAAUAUUCUUCCGAUCCAUAUUACGCCUUGAAGCACCUACUAUCGCUCACUUCGUUUUCGAGCAACUACCAAUAGAAAAAAUCUUAGCUGAUUUCAAGCAACUGCUUUUGCAGGGCAUUGAUAAUCGACACCCAGAAGCAAUGAAAUUUGACGUCCCAUUUGAGCGCGACGUCCUAAGCAAUCAAGCCGCUGCAGACAAUUUCACAACGAAUCCAUCUGUUGAAUCUCUCGUGAGCCUAUCGCUAAGAGCCUUCUUGAAGGUACUACAGCACAAACCAGCCAUUUCUUUCGGGGACAUUUUGGAGUGUCUAAUGGGUUUUCUAAACGGUUUGAAGACAGAUGAUUUCAUAUCGUGCAUCGAUCCAGUAAUAAACUGGAUUGGGAAUCAAAAGGAAAGCUCAGUCAGUGUUACGCAUCAAUUACAAGUAUUCACCGAAAUUCUCUCUGAAUAUUUACUACAAAGCGACUACAAUACGUCUAGCGUUGCGGCCUUUUGUCUUUGCUCAUUUUUGGAGUCUGUUAGUACUGUAUGGCUUGAAAACUCUGACAAUCCACUUAACGCGGAUUGCAGUGACAUUUUUGAUUGGGUGAUUGCCCGCUUCGAGGAUACGUUUGUCAGCGGUAGACUCGCAAUUAAGCGUUUGUCCCAGCUGCUUCUUCAUAUGCUCAAGUCCCAUGAUUUAUCUCGAGGUCAUAUUAAAGGAGGCAAACAACGUGUCUUUGCCGCAUAUUCCAAGACUCUUAAAGCGCUCAAUGCUGUAGAUAUGGUAAGCCAGCUCUCUUCUAUGAUGGACUACAUGAUAAGAGUAAGCAGUAAGAAUCAGCACAUACUGUUUUCGGAAAUAUGCAGUUUAGUUGAAAUUCCUCAACAAAGUAUCGAGAUGUCUGCUCUCUACUCAUUGGCAAUGUGGAAGAUUUCGACAGCGUCCUAUCUAAACAUGAGCUUGGCAAUGAGAGAUCUUAUGCAAUAUAGUCAUUUUGAGCAUACCCGCGUUUAUGUCGCCUCAGCUUUGAAGAAAAUGGCCUUAACCGCAGGUCUAAAUGAUACGACCCAGCUCUUCGACGUUUUCAGAUUCGAUAUUCUUUCUCUAUGGUUCGAUGAGUCCUUUUGGCGAGGCCAAUCCAUUGAGGACGUGUGGGAUAUUCGGAUUUUUGGUUUUAUGGAUUUAUCGCAGUUUGUGGAGCUCUACGCCGCUGAGCUAUCCGCACUUUAUUUUUCCAGAAGGCAGAAACCUACUAUUCUAGAACAGUUAACAAAUAUUACAGGUUGCAAUGAGAAACAACUAUUAACGAAGUAUUAUUAUUUGGUUUUUCCGCUCUCUUUCAUAGAGGGUGGCAUGAACGAAGAUAUACAUGAUUUCUUUCAUAACCUGACCGGAGAACCUCUUUUAACCACGAAGAAUCGUACUUUAACUUUUAGGUGGAUUUUACGAUUUGUUGACCUGGGUUCAAACUAUGAAACGAGCACGAUUAUCGGGAAGAGCAGCGAUUGUAGAUCCAGACUACAGCUUCUUUACUCCUCACACCCAAAUGUAAUGAGGUACCAGCAUUCAAUUCAUAUACCUCUCGACGUAGGUGGAAGAUUGUUGCAUCAACUCGUCCAAAAGUCUCCUCUCUGCAAAGAUGAAAUCAACUUUAUCCUUCUCUCGAUCCUUAGCGAUCUUGAGAAAUCAUUCAACUACUCGGAGAAGCUAAAAUAUCUUCGAGAAAUGAAGCUCACUUUGGCUAUUAAUGACAGUGGUUUAUCUGCCUGUGAUUUCUUACCGACGUUCCUGCCACCUUUAUGCAAAUGCUUGGCCUCUCUUGAAUUACACAACGAGACAGCUGAUAUAAUUGUGUUCAUUUUGACCAUUUGCCGUGAACACGACUUUACAGUCGGUGAGGAGUUUAUUCCAUUAUUUUGUGAACUAUUUCUGUUCAAACGAAGAUUCAAAGGAGAACUAAGCAACUCUCUGAAAGAAGUUUUGAACUGGCUUGCAGAAUCCGCUAGCGUUUUGAAAACUACAGUGAAGUAUUGCAACGAUGCAAUUCAAGGAAAACUGUUGAGCUUAGACGUUUACUCCAAGGUCGAGAUUUUGAGCCAUACAAACUGCGGCGUUGAUAAGAUCGUCCUUCUCUCUUUGCUCCUUGGACAUGCUCAAAGGCCGAGCCAUACGCUUAAUAUCGAAAAGCCUUCAAUUCGAUCAGUUCAAAACCUUUUGAAACAUGAGAUAGCUUCCGAUUUUAUUACAGAAAACUUCCAAUUAUGGACGGCUUACUAUUUAAAGGCGUUCACUUCGGAGCAAGACUUAAAGACUGUGAUGUUAGAUCCUGCUUCACUCUCAGGAGAAAACUACGAACAGCUUUUCGAUAAGUUUGGCUCACUCGAAUGUGUUCUUAAGGAAUUUCUCACUAUUGCCAAAAUGCCUCCCAACUUAGCAUCAUGUGCUGUAAGACUCUUCUGCGCAUCAAUGGUUGGUCUCUUUCUCACUGGUGGCCCCUAUGGCGAUGAGAAAGCAAUCUUAGUCAACAAUGGCGGCUACACAAGAUGCAACCUCCAUUGCUGGUUUGUGACAGAUUCUGAUUUUUGGUCAAUUAACAAUGAAGUGGGGUUAUUAUCUGACAUGAAUACUUUUAUCACCGACUCUUAUCUGCACAGGACCAUCUCGUAUGCAGAGUGGCUGGCUAAAUUCAAUACUGCAUUGAUUUUACAUCUCACACCAAGCAUACCUAAGCUCAAACUAUUCCAUCCGCUUUGCAGAACUUCUUCCUUUUUUGCCCAAAAGAUUUUACCAAUACUUUUCAGAUUGGCUAUUUGCUUCGAUCACCCAACAAGCACUAAUUGGAUUACAGCUCUAUUUUCUCAAGUUGGGGGAUUGGUGGUCUGCUUCGAAGCCAAGCAAAAGGUCAACUCACUUCUAAGUAUUAUGAACAUGCUAAUGACAGGAAGGAAACUGAAGGACUCGCUUUGUACAUCUUGCUGCACCAUUCUCCCUUUGAAGGCAAUUUACGAAGCUGCACUCAAGACAGAUCAAAUAACAUCCGCCUACAUGAUCUUCGAAAUGUUAUAUAUGGGCGAUUUAUCAAACCUGGACCAUGAUGGCUUGCGGCUCAUAUAUGAAGCCCUCGGUGAAGUUGAUCUACUUGCAGGUUUACCAGCACCUCAGACCCUGAUAGAGGCCCUGGAUUCGGCCACCAAAAUUGAACCCACAGCGUGGAAAACUUUCCUAUAUAGCAAUGCCAUGGUAGAUGCUCAACUUUGGAACACCGGAAAGUCUGAAAAGCUAAAUUUGUUGAAGACAACUGAAUGCCAAGGUCUAUAUGGUGUUGCGGCUCGUCUAAGUACAACACUUUUACCGUUUGAAGAAACGCUUUGUGAAUAUAGAUGGGCGCUACAAUUGGGAAAUUGGGAUCUACCUGUACCAAAAGUAAUUGACUCAAAGGAAAAAGGCCUGUAUUUUGCAUUAAGAUCAGUCUCAUCCGGUGUUCAGUCGCCUUCACGGAUACUUGAUGAUGCAAUGGUUGAAUUGGUAAGAAAUAGGUCGUCUUUCGAGGAGAGGCUGGAGUGGGCUGAAACAAUAGCGGAGAUUGCGUUAUUGAAGCAAAUGACAGAGGAUUUCAAAUCUUCGGAAGGCAUGAUGGGUUUUAUUCACAAUUCUUUCGCCUUGGAUAAGAGAGCUUUACAUAGUUAUGACUUCAGGGACUAUAAGUCGAACAUCCAGGCAAGAUUUCUGCUUUCGCAGCUCUUAAUGGACAGAGAAUUUAGUGCGUCAUCUCUAUCUGCGCACAAUGUUAAGAUAUGCUCUGCUGCCCUUUUAGUUAAUAACGUGCAAUUGUCUAUCCAAGAAAAAUGUUCUCAAGAUGCCCUAAGGAAUGCCAUUUUGUUUGGUCGCUUUUUUCAACCGGAGAACACUUCAUCAGUCUAUCGAAUUUUGGGAUCCUAUGUAUCUGCUAAGGCUCUGUGGGAAAGUGGUGACAGCAAAACGCCGGUUACGCUCUUGAAGGCUUUGCUUGAAGAGCAUCCAGAGGACUCUGGCAGCGGGCCACUCGGUCCUUUGUUGGCUGUCUCAAAAGAUGAAAUCCGAGCGUUGCUCGUUAAUUGGACGUCGAAGUCCCGUUUAGAAACUGCCUCAGCUAUUUUUGAAAAGUAUAUCAAGGACUUCGAGACAACCGUAAAAGAUCAUGAGGUUCGAGCUGACACCUUCUAUGUUCUAGCGAAUUUCUUGCAUACGCAAGUGAAGAAGAUGAAAGAUAGUGGGCAAAUUGAAGAAAGGCAAAAAAGAUGCGAGCGAGGUACUCAAGAGUCUCGCGCUUUGGAAGUGAUUCACAAGAAAACUAAUCUGUCUAGCAACGAGCGUAAAGACGCCAGAAGGCAUUACAAUCGAGUGCUCCUGCAGUUGAAUAGCGAUAGGGAGAUUUUAAACUCUUUACUAGUACAAAGGGUUCAAUUUGUAUGGCGGUCCCUUCAUUAUUUCAUCAAUACUUUAGUCUUCACGAACAAGUACGACGGAGAUGUGUUGGAUAAGUUUUGUGGGCUGUGGUUUGAGCAUGACGGCGAUGAUAGUAUCAAUUCACUUCUCAAGAAGGAAAUUGGCAUGAUACCAAGCUGGAAAUUUUUACCUUGGGUAAACCAAAUAGCCUCCAAAUUAUCAAUUGAAGAUAAGGAGUUUCAAAAACCCUUGCAAUUAACGAUGAAGCGCGUGCUGUACAAAUUGCCUUAUGAGUCUUUAUACCCGGUUUUGAGCAUGAAACUUUAUGAGAAUCAUUCCUUUACCAGCGAUUCCAUAAUACCGCAGAAGAUUAAAGCUGUAGAUAAGAUCCUCUCGGAGCUUCAAGCCUAUGACAAUGGCAGCUAUUAUCGAAGCUAUGUGUUACCCUUGAAAGAGUUCUGUGAGAUGUCAGUUGAGCUUGCAAACUUUCAGCUAUCAGUGAGCCCAAAGGGAACGAAGAAAAUUCACUUACAAAAUCUAAAAAUUGGUUCAUAUUGGCUUAAAACUUUGCCCAAUCUGAAAUUACCACUACCCACCUCGAAAUGGCAGAUAAAAAGCUCGAGUGACGGAAAAGUGCCAAGGCCUUAUAUUGUUUCAGUUGGAGAAAUGGUGGAUAUAUCUGUUACUGGUUUAUCUCUGCCUAAAAUCGUCACAUUUACUAUCUCAGAUGGGUCCCGGCACAAAGUUUUGAUGAAAGGAAGUAACGAUGACUUGCGCCAGGACGCUAUCAUGGAGAAAGUUUUCCAGCAGGUGAACAGCAUCUUACAACGGGAGAAGCGAAUGCGUAAACUAAAUUUGACGAUCAGUACUUAUACUGUAAUUCCUCUCGGACCAAGGGCCGGUAUUAUUGAGUUUGUGACAAAUUCUCUCUCGUUGCAUCAAGUUCUCACAGCUUUACAUGCGAAGGACAAGGUUUCAUUCAACGAGGCCAGAAAUGAAAUGAAAAAGGUUCAGACGAAAUCGAAUAGCGAAAGGCUCCGUAUUUACAUCAAGCUGACGGAGGAAAUCAAACCUCAGCUAAGACACUUCUUCUUCGAUUCAUUUCCUGAUCCUGAUCAAUGGUUUGAGGCCAAAAAAACGUACACUAAGGGUAUAGCUACAACAUCCAUCGUUGGUUACAUACUGGGGCUCGGAGAUCGUCACUUGAACAAUAUACUUCUGGAUCAUGAAACUGGUAAGCCCACGCACAUCGAUCUGGGUAUAGCUUUUGACCAAGGAAGACUUUUGCCAAUACCGGAGAUGGUCCCAUUUAGGUUAACCAGGGAUAUAGUCGACGGGUUCGGUGUCACAGGAGUCGAAGGACUUUACAGAAGAAGUUGUGAGCAUACUUAUUCAGUUCUGAGAGAUAACUACGAAAAAGUCAUGCAUGUCUUGAACAUACUGAAGUGGGAUCCUCUUUAUUCCUGGGUGAUGUCGCCCGUUAAGAAACACAAGCACCUGCUAGAAGAGGAAAGCCAAGAGUACAGCAGCCUAAGCUUCGACAGCGAGAGUUCUAAUUCGAAGGUGAAAGGGGAGGAGCAAAAUCAGGAGUCUUAUAGGGCCUUGAAAGGCGUCGAGGAAAAACUGAUUGGUAAUGGGCUGAGCGUAGAAGCAACCGUUCAAGAGCUGAUCCAACAAGCGUCAGAUCCUCAGAACCUAUCUCUAGUAUAUAUGGGCUGGUCACCAUUUUAUUAG